AUGGAAUAUAAUAAGUUGGAAAAAAGUGAAGAACAUAAAAUAAAAAUUAUGUUCUUUUUGAUAGGGUUAUUAUUAACAUUACCUUCCCAUGUUAUAGUUAAUAUAUCAUUUUUAAUUAACCAAAUAUACAAUGAAGAAAUUUUUGUCACAAUUAUGGGAAUACUAUCAGGAUGCAUGAUUAUAGCAUCUGUAUUCCAAUUGUUAAUAGAAAUAACAUCAUUUAUGUCAAUAAUUGUCAGUAAUAUUUUAAAUAUAAUUAAUAUGGGGUUAUUAUUAACACUUUUAUGUGUUUGUAAAGCAUCAAAAUAUUAUAUAUAUGGUAUAUGUGCCAUAAUUGGUUUAUUUAUUGGAUAUUUAUAUUCAUCUUGCACAAAAUAUUCUUUAUUAGUUGAUUUAAAAGUAAACGGAUUUUUAGUUACAGGAAUUAGUUUUAGUGCAUUAUUUGUUUUUACUAUUAACACAAUAAUAUCUUAUUUUAUAAUUGAAGAUGGUAAUAUCGAGUCAUAUUACAAUACUAUUUUUCGAUCUUUUGUUACAAUUUUAAUAAUCGAAUGUUUUAUAUUAUCGGUUAUAUUUUAUAUACAAUAUAAUUCUAGCUUUUUCCAAGAUCAAAAAAAAAAAAUUGAAUUUCCAACAUACAAAUAUGCAAGUAAACCACUAAAUGAUGUAGAAAAGGGAAAAAAAAAUAUGAACAGCAAUAAUAAUUAUACAUAUGAUGGAAAUAAAAAUUUUAUGAAAAGUUUUAAAAGUUUAUUUAAUUUUUCAAAUAUAAUUGAUGGUGCAAAAUUAAUUAAACAUUAUUAUAUUUGCUUAAUACCCAUAAGUUUUUCUAUUUUAGUUACUUUUAUUAUUUAUCCACACAUACUUCCGAACAAGUUAGAGAAAGGAGUCGCCAUAAAUUAUAUACUCAUGUUAACGUAUCAAGCCAGUGAUUUUAUAUUUAUUUUUUUAGUGACAAUAUAUGCUCACUCUUUUAAAUUUUUUAAACAAAUAUAUGUUUUUAUAUUAUGUUUAAUCAGAGUAUUAUUAGUAGUUUUGUCUAUUAAAAUAAAAAAUUUAAAAGAAGGCGAUUUUAUGUAUACAACUGGGUUUAUAGCUUUUAUAGUAAUUUUAUUAGGAUCUACAAAUGGAUCUUUAAUUAAUAUGAGUUAUGAAAGAAUAAAUGAUUGCUUUAAAAAUUCGAGUAACAAAGAAAAAAAAGUUGCAUUAGCUUCCUCAUUUUGUGCUUUAUCUCUUUUAACAAGUUAUGCAAUAUCGCCUUGGAUUUGCCAUGCAAUUAUAAAUUUAUGA